AGCCAUGGAGGAGAUGGUCAUCUGGGAGCAGCACACUGUGAUGCUGAGCAAGGACCCUCGAAGGGGCUUUGGCAUCGCCAUCUCAGGAGGCAGGGACCGUCCCAGCGGCUUGGCUGGGGACCCCUCUAUCGUGGUCUCAGAUGUGGUACCUGGUGGACCAGCAGAUGGCAGGCUCCAGACGAGAGAUCACGUUGUGAUGGUGAACGGCCUUUCCAUGGAGAACGUGUCCUCCUCCUUUGCCAUCCAGACGCUCAAAACCUGUGGCAAGUUAGCCAACAUCACAGUGAAGAGACCAAAGAAAAUUCAGCUUCCUGUAACCAAAACCAGCCAGCCACUAUCCAGCGACUCCUUGCACUCUCCCAACACCGUCCGAUACGAUUCUGAUGAGGAGUACGGGUACCAGGGAGACGAGUCGUCGCCGCGGAGCACCGGGAAAGGAUACAGGUACGACAGUCACAACAGGAGCCGGCCUCAGGACGACGCAGAUUACAGUAAAGGCUACGACGGAGACUCCUCCAGUGAGAGGAGCUCCGGCCACUCUCGGGAUGACAAUCGAAGGCAAGUGUCCAGAAGCAGAAGGCGGAGCCAAGAUGGCAGCCACAGGAGACAGAGCCCAGACAGCGGCUCUGAAAGGCAGAGUUACCAUAGACAACACUCCACCAACGGCUAUGGCCACGAAGGGGACACCAAUGGGCUUGCGCUAGUGUCUGGGUUCAAGAGGCUGCCGCGCCAGGAGGUUCCAAUGAAACCCAUCCGCUCGGUUCUGGUGAAGCGGAAAGAGGGCGAAGAAUACGGCUUGAAGCUGGGAAGCCAGAUCUUUAUCAAACACAUAACAGAGACAGGCUUGGCUGCCAAGGACAGCUCGCUGCACGAGGGGGACCUCAUUUUAAAGAUUAAUGGUGUCACCAGCGAGAACAUGUCUCUGGCUGACACCCGCAGGCUGAUUGAAAGGUCAGAGGGGACGCUGAGGCUGCUCGUGUUCCGGGACAACCGGCAGUUCCUGGUCAACAUCCCCCAAGUGAGGGACAGCGACAGCGACAGCUCGCGGCUGGACGACAUCUCCGACAUUGGCUCCGAACUGUCCCACCCGCCCCCAGCACAAAGCCCCCAGCGGGCCCCUGAGGCCUCCAGGACGAACUCGCUAUCGGAGGGGAGACAGCUCAGCAGGGAGCCGGCAGCGACGGUACAGGAGAACGAUGCUUCUGUCCCAGAUCCCCAGGAGCCCGCUGAGGAGAGUGGCCACCUCGCAGCCAGAGCCAGCGAGGAGGAUGGGUACAGCCCGGACGCCAAGAUCGUGCGCUUUGUGAAGGCCAAGAGCAUCGGGCUGCGGCUGGCUGGUGGCAAUGACGUGGGCAUCUUUGUGGCAGGCGUGCAGGAGGGGAGCCCUGCGGCCGGCCAGGGGAUCAAAGAAGGGGACCAGGUUCUGCAGGUGAACGAUACCAGCUUCCAGAGCCUGACACGAGAGGACGCCGUGCAGUACCUGCUGUCCCUGCCGCCGGGCGAGGAGGUCGUUCUGCUGACCCAGGGCAAGCAGGACAUCUACAGGAAGAUGCUCAAGUCCAACGUGGGGGACUCGUUCCACAUCCGCACGCACUUCGACUUCGAGAAGGACGCUCCCUCCGGGCUGAGCUUCACGCGGGGCGAGGUCUUCCACGUGCUGGACACCAUGUACCGUGGCAAGCUGGGCAGCUGGCUGGCCGUGCGCAUGGGCAGGGACCUGCAGGAACUGGACAAGGGAAUCAUCCCCAACAGGAGCAGGGCUGAGCAGUUCGCCAGCUUGGAGUCCGUCCUGAAGGCCACCUCCGUCGCCAGCUCCUCCGGGGCCCGGGCCGAGUUCUGGAAGCUGCGGGGCCUGCGGGGGGCCAAGAAGAACCUGCGGAAGAGCCGCGAGGACCUGUCGGCUCUCACCAAGCAGGGCCACUAUCCACCCUACGAGAGGGUGGUGCUGCGGGAAGCCAGCUUCAGGCGGCCAGUCGUGAUCCUGGGGCCCAUCUCGGACAUCGCCAUGGAGAAGCUGAGCAUGGAGCUGCCUGACGAGUUUGAAAUCGCCGUAUUAGUGCAGUCAGAUUUCCACGAAAUGGAGUUUGGGCCAUUGACAGAGACUUUCCCCACCUCCCGCCUGCCCAGCGGAGGGGAGGGGAGUAAAUGA